GGCCCGAGCGCGAGCCCGAGCGGCAGCCGGCGGCCGCGGGAGCCGCGGGGAGCGCGGGGGCGGCCCGGAGCGCCCGGGGUCCCCGCGCCCCGCUCGCCCGCCGCGCUCCGAAGAUGGUGGCGGCGCCGUGCGCCCGGAGGCUGGCCCGGCGCUCGCACUCGGCGCUGCUCGCGGCGCUCACCGUGCUGCUGCUGCAGACGCUGGUCGUGUGGAAUUUCAGCAGCCUCGACUCCGGGGCCGGGGAGCGCCGCGGGGGCGCAGCGGCCGGCGGCGCGGAGCAGGCGGCCCCGCGCCGGGAGCGUCGGGACCUGCCCGCCGGGCCGGCCGCAGCCCGAGGCGGCGGCGGCGGCGGCGGCGGAGGAGGAGGACGGGGGCCCCCGGCGCGGGCGCGGGGAGGCGGCCCCGGAGAACCCCGGGCGCAGCAGCCGGCCAGCCGGGGGGCACUGCCCGCGCGGGCGCUGGACCCUCAUCCAAGUCCGCCGAUCACCCUGGAGACACAGGACGGCUACUUUUCUCACCGGCCAAAAGAGAAAGUACGAACAGACAGCAACAAUGAGAACUCCGUCCCCAAAGAUUUUGAGAAUGUGGACAACAGCAACUUUGCACCUAGGACUCAAAAGCAAAAGCACCAGCCUGAGCUGGCAAAGAAGGCCCCGAGUAGACAGAAGGAGCUCUUGAAGAGGAAGCUGGAGGAGGAGAAGGGGAAGGGGCAUCCGUUCCCGGGCAAGGGCACCAACGAGGUGCUGCCUCCUGGUGAGAAAGCCGCCGUGAACGGGAGCCGUGGGAAGGAUGUCCCAAGACAGCCCCACAGCAGGAAAAGCGGGGGCAGCUCCCCUGAGAUCAAGUAUGACCAGCCCCCCAAGUGUGACAUCUCGGGCAAGGAGGCCAUCUCUGCCCUGUCCCGUGCCAAGUCCAAACACUGCCGCCAGGAGAUCGGGGAAACCUACUGCCGCCACAAGCUCGGGCUGCUGAUGCCCAAGAAGGUGACUCGGUUCUGCCCCCUGGAAGGCAAAGCCAACAAGAACGUUCAGUGGGACGAGGAUUCGGUGGAGUACAUGCUGGCCAACCCAGUCAGAAUCGCCUUCGUCCUGGUGGUCCACGGCCGGGCCUCUCGGCAGCUGCAGCGCAUGUUCAAGGCCAUUUACCACAAAGACCAUUUCUACUACAUCCACGUGGACAAGCGCUCUAAUUACCUACAUCGGCAAGUGCUCCAGUUUGCCAGACAGUAUGACAACGUUCGCGUCACCCCCUGGCGGAUGGCCACCAUCUGGGGAGGAGCCAGCCUCCUGUCCACAUACCUGCAGGGCAUGCGUGACCUCCUGGAGAUGACCGACUGGCCCUGGGACUUCUUCAUCAACCUCAGCGCAGCCGACUACCCCAUCAGGACGAAUGACCAGCUGGUGGCAUUUCUCUCCCGAUACCGAGAUAUGAAUUUCCUGAAGUCACACGGCCGGGACAAUGCAAGGUUCAUCCGAAAACAGGGUCUGGACCGACUCUUCCUGGAGUGUGACGCCCACAUGUGGCGCCUAGGGGACCGGCGAAUCCCAGAGGGCAUUGCUGUGGAUGGAGGCUCGGAUUGGUUCUUGCUGAACCGGAAGUUUGUGGAGUAUGUGACGUUCUCCACAGAUGAUCUGGUGACCAAAAUGAAGCAAUUUUACUCCUAUACCCUGCUUCCUGCUGAGUCCUUCUUCCACACCGUCCUGGAGAACAGCCCCCACUGCGACACCAUGGUGGACAACAACCUGCGCAUCACCAACUGGAACCGCAAGCUGGGCUGUAAGUGCCAGUACAAGCACAUCGUGGACUGGUGCGGCUGCUCCCCCAACGACUUCAAGCCGCAGGAUUUCCACCGCUUCCAGCAGACAGCCAGGCCCACCUUCUUUGCCCGAAAAUUCGAAGCCGUGGUGAAUCAGGAAAUCAUCGGGCAGCUGGACUAUUACCUGUACGGGAACUACCCCGCGGGCACCCCGGGCCUCCGCUCCUACUGGGAGAACGUGUACGAUGAGCCAGAUGGCACCCACAGCCUGAGCGACGUGGCACUCACCUUGUAUCACUCCUUUGCCCGCCUGGGCCUCCGACGGGCUGAGUCGUCGCUGCACGUGGAGGGGGAGAACAGCUGCCGGUACUACCCGAUGGGCCACCCAGCAUCUGUCCACCUCUACUUCCUUGCGGACCGCUUCCAGGGCUUUCUGAUCAAGCAUCACGCUACCAAUCUGGCCGUGAGCAAACUUGAGACCCUGGAGACAUGGGUGAUGCCAAAGAAAGUCUUCAAGAUUGCAAGUCCCCCCAGUGACUUCGGGAGGCUCCAAUUUUCUGAGGUCGGCACCGACUGGGAUGCCAAGGAGCGGCUCUUCCGCAACUUUGGGGGGCUCCUGGGGCCCAUGGAUGAGCCGGUAGGCAUGCAGAAAUGGGGGAAGGGCCCCAAUGUCACCGUGACUGUCAUCUGGGUGGAUCCCGUCAACAUCAUCGCAGCCACCUAUGACAUCCUGAUUGAAUCCACUGCCGAAUUCACUCACUACAAGCCCCCUUUGAACUUGCCCCUGAGGCCUGGGGUCUGGACAGUGAAAAUUCUUCACCACUGGGUGCCAGUUGCAGAGACCAAAUUCCUCGUUGCACCUCUGACCUUCUCAAAUAGGCAGCCCAUCAAACCAGAGGAGGCACUGAGGCUGCACAACGGGCCCCUCCGCAGCGCCUACAUGGAACAGAGCUUCCAGAGCCUGAACCCCGUCCUCAGCCUGCCCAUCAGCCCUGCCCAGGUGGAGCAGGCUCGCAGGAACGCGGCCACGGCUGGCGCGGGCCUCGAGCGCUGGCUGGACUCACUGGUAGGUGGGAUGUGGGCCGCCAUGGACAUCUGCACCACGGGCCCCACUGCCUGCCCCGUCAUGCAGACCUGCAGCCAGACGGCCUGGAGCUCCUUCAGCCCCGACCCCAAGUCGGAGCUGGGGGCCGUCAAACCUGACGGCCGGCUCAGGUAGCACUAGGCACACGUGAGCCACAGCAGAUCUCAAAGGGAAAGCAGCCAGGGGGGCCGGUGGCACCUGGACCCUGGCCUACCACCCCCCGGGUGGGGGGGGGGGGAGGGGUGUCUUUUGUGAGAGGAGCUCUCAUGGCUACAGAAUGAUGGAGAAGGAAGGUGUAGAGGUCAAAGCCGUUUCUGCCGACGACCUGCAUUUGACAAGCUGGGUACUGGGGGCAAGGACUGCUUGGUCCCCGCGCCACAGUGGUCUUACCUCUUUUGGUUGAUCCUCAAAGCCUAUAGGUUCCUUGUUGUCCCUGCCAGUGACCCAGUCCCCCAGACAAGCGAUUCUCAAAACUUUUAUUUUGAGCAGCAGACUUGAGUUUACUAAGCUUAGUUGGAAGGGGGAAGUUCAAGGUGCAGUUGAACUCCAGGCUGCUCUGGUUGAAGCUGGGGAGUGUAAGGUUCUUCUCCAAGCACAGCCCACCAGGCCGUCCCUUUGUCAGUGGCACCUCCCAAGGUACCUGUCCAGAACCCACAGGCUCUGCAAAAGCCAGUUGGAAAAGCACGGCCCAGGCCGUGGGCUUGAUUGAUCUCCAGCCCCCUGCUUGGGCUCAUUUUCCUGCUCCUGGGCCGGAGAAGGAGACUGUCUGAGCCUUCCCCCAGCCUUGUCGGGUUGAGUUGUCCUCCUUAGUCACUAGAUGCGCAGGAGAGCCUUUUGACGGAACAUGGCCAAGGUUCCCCAAGGUGUCACUGCCACAGGGCCAGGGUUCCAGGCCAGCCUCCCUCCGGACUGCCACCGACAGGCUGAUGCUUAUAAGCACCAAGUCUCCUAGGCAUUCGUGGGCCAGGAGACUGAGACCAUGACCUCGUGGGUCCUGGCCAGUGGGAACUUUGGGGACCACGGCCAUGAAACUCAGAGAUUGUCGGGAGCCAACUCCUGAGCUGGACGGCACAGCAAUACCCUCCCGUGCGUGAGCCCUUCCGCCCUGAGGUCCGGGCACUCCAGACCUCUGUAUAUCAUACCUGCCACCCCCAUCCCUGGUGCUGUAGGAAUGGACCAGACUUUGUACAUCCCUGCAAAAGCAUUUCAGAUUUGGUUUCUAACUCCAUGUCCUUCCUCGUGUGAGGUGCCGCGUCAAAGGGGGAAGCUUGCGGAUGUGAUUGGUUGCUACCUUAACAGCAGUGUUACUCCAAGUGCUCGAGGUGCAGAAACCUGACAUCUGAGCCGUGGCUCCAGGCCCCUUCCUCCUCCAGCCCCCACCCCGUCCCCACGACAGGCUUUCUUUGGCACAGGCCCAGCCGUGGCUGCACCAUGUUCUGCUGCAGAGUCUAUCCUGUGUCUCUGUGCAGCGUGCGUGUGAAGGGAGCAGAGCCCAUGCCUCUCGCCCCCAAGCCCCUGCCCCACCGGGCCGGAUGUCCUGCGGGCCAGGGAGGGGCUGGAAGAGGGACACUUGCAGUAUUUAUUAUUUAUAUGUUUUAGUCCAUGACUAAUAGUAGGUGCUGCGUUUGCAGCUUGUUAGUUAUGUUCUCUUACUAACUGAAGCUGCCUUUAUUCAUGAAAGGCCCCCCCCCUUCCCCUCCCUCCCCGCGGCCAGUGUCUGUCUGUCUCCUGUCUGCUCUGUAUUCUCCACGUCCUGAGAGAAAGGCAGGGGUGUUGGACACGAUGAGGAGAGUGUGUGCCCCUCACGGCAAUGAAGCCUUCCUCCUUCUCAGGCAGGGUGGGAGCCUGGGCUGGGCCUCCAGUACCAAACAGGCCAACGACUCAGGUGGAGGGAGAGGACCCAGGGCAGGGCCUGGGACCUUAGCAGGUGACAGGGGGACCCUGACUCUUUGCAAGCCUGGGAAGAAGAAAGAUCCAGUUUAGAAAAAGGGGGAGUAGUCGGACCAAGCUGGGAGUUAGCCCCUGUCAAUGGGCUGCAGGGGCUGUGGACGGUCUUGCCCUGCAAGCCCAGGUCAUUAGUCCAUGAACUUGAACCCAGAGGCCUCUGCCACCACCCCAGCCCACCUUGCUGGCUUUCCCCCCAGAACGAGGGGAAGGGCCAGGGCCAGCUUACUCUGGGCACAAUCCGCAGCCCCCUCCCUGCAAGGGAUUUGAGAUGCCAGGCAGUCAGGGUCAGGGAAUAAAAUAAGCAAAAGCCUAGGAUGAUUUGAGAAAAGAUGUUUCCACAAGAGACACACUAAUAGUUGAACUCUCUUUUAAUCUAAGAGUGAUUAAUCACAAGCCCCUGGAAACCCUGUCAUAGUUGGAAGGGCAGCGCCUGGGGCACUGAGUCACUGACCAGGUCUGAAGUCACUCAUGCCAGAGGCUGGGGCAUACGGUGCGAUUUCCCAACCAGCCUGCCCAAGUCUCACCAAACGGUCUCCAGGGAGGACAGAAAGCAUAGCCUAGACCCUGUGGGUCACAAGGGUGCCCUUUCCUCCCUUUGGAAAGAGACCUUUCUGGUCAGAUCAAGGCAUCAUUUGGACUUCAUUUCCCCAUGGCAGUUUAACUUUUAAAAGGCCAGCACAUUCAGAGAGAACCAGCAAGACCCCAGAUGUAGGGGGACAGGGGGCACGGGGGCAGGUGGAUGCACUGCCUUCAUCGUUCCCUGGCUGGUGCACGGACACGGGCUGGAACCUUGAUCUCUUUGCCAGGAAGGGGCAGAGUACCGACGUGUAGGGCUUUAGCCUGUCCCCUGACACAGCCCAGUCUACCGGGGACGCAGGACGCAAGCUCCCCUACAGCACCCAAGGGGGGAUGGAGUAGGAGGGUGUACUGGCAACGGCUGCUGGCCAACACCUGCCGGGUCAGAGCCGCGCUGUGUGGCAGGGGUCCCAGACCCUUCCAUCGUGGGGUAAGACAGCAUGGUGGCUGCUGCCUGGUUUUGCACGUGAGUAUGUAGGCACAGUGCAGUCUUCCCGUGGGGCCAGGGAGGCCAGGGGAUCCAGAUGGUCACUGGAAAUCUGAUUUUUAAGUGUCGGCAAGGCUUUUUCUUUGUUUUGUUGGAGAGAGUGGGCAAAGGGAAAUUCCACAGUUCGUCCUGGGCACUGCCGGCCCACCUGCUGGCUGGAGAGGUGGUUUACCAUGAGGUAGGCAGUGCCCACGUGGAGGAGGAAAAGCGCCACCCUUGGUGAAAUCUCACCAAUUGCUCUGAAGAAACCAUAAACCUCUUACCAGUCAUUCCAACCAGGAGAGACUGUCCUGCAGAGAAGGGUCCCAGGAGGAAUGGCUUGUUCAGCUGUCCUAGGUCCCAAGAUGGUGCUUAAAAAAAAAAAAAAAGAAUUUGGAGACCUCAGUUGCUGCCCCUUCAACCUAAAGAGGCCCACACUUUCCAGAAUUCCUGCCUGCCCAGGCAGAGGUGAUGGAUGACAGGUUGGCUGGGGGGCCCGGGAGGUUGUGUCGCAGCCCAGCUCUCUCCAAGUCCUACAUUUGAGCAGCUGUCCUGGCGCACGUUUCGGAAGCCCUGCUUGCUCGCGGGAUGCCCUCUUUGCCUCAGUUACCUUACUUUGCCCAUGGGUCUACCACAGGCGCUACCUCAUUGUGUCUGCUGAGAAGUUUACCUGGGGGAGAAACAAUUAGGUGUCCCAAAUCUGCUCGAGCUGAAUGUACAAUCUAUGCAAAUUCUCUCCCUCUGUUUCCUUCUCUGUCUCUCAAAAGUAUUUUUUUUUUUACGUUGCAAAUCAGAUACUUUAUAGACCCUAGACUGAGGGCUUUCAUGCGCCACCUGUGUCUGCCCCUCACGUUGUCUUUGGUUCUGUCCUCCCCAAGCCCCACCCAGGGAGAAAGCGGCCCCCCUCCUUCCGGCUGGGAAGCCUCCCCACUGCCUCUGCCCACGGAGUCCCCAGGAAAAGCAGGUUCUGCCCCCUUGCACCUCCAUCCCCCUCUCCCAUCUCCUCCUUCAUUUUCCUUCCCUCACCCCCAAAAGCCUUAGGUUUCUCCUUUUUGAAAUGUGGCCUUAAAAUUAUUUUUGGAAAGCUGACUGCCCUCUCCGUCCACCUUCCACCAACAUCCGAGAAGAAGGAGCAUCCUGAAGCUUUCGCGGCAGCCUCCUAAGCGAGAGGCUGCCCGUCUGUAGUUUGCAGAUGCCAUACACAUGGCUUCUAAACGCCGUCUUUAAGAGAAGCACUCUUCUGUUGUUCCUGUGGGUGAAACGAAGGCUCGGGUGCUCACGUGAACGUCAGCCCGUCCUCCGCGCACACUGCCGAGGUACCCUCUUUCCCCACCCCCACCCAGGCGUGGUGACUUGGAGGUACUUCGUUCAAGGGUAAAGCAGGAGAGUUUCUCAGUUUCUCUCUUCCUCCUUCCUGCCUGGAAAGUGAGAGCAUUAAGUAUUCCCAGCUGAUGGGUCGUGUUCUCAAAGGGAUCACACUUGCGCCUUCUGUUGUUCCAGGCUCUGUUGGAGGCCAAAGACAACCCUAGGGUUUCAUAGGAAAUUUACUGGAAUUGAGCGCAACCGUCCUUCGAGUCCGUUCUCGGUCUUUUUUUGUUUCUAAUAUGUUGUCAAUAGCGUGUGUUUGGGUAUUUUUUUUUUAGAGGCCUCACGAUAAGUUAUUACUGUCCCCCUCAUUUUUUUCAAAGACAUGUGGUGAUAUAGUUUUUAAAAAUAACUAUUUUGUUAUAGAUCAUGAUAUGCAUAAAACUGUACAGAAAUAUUUUGUAAUGUAUUGAUUUAAAAAAAUCUGUAAAUAAAGUUUAAAAAAAUUCCAAUGGCACACACCUGAAAGAUGUAGAUAUUUUGCUAUUUAUUUAAAGGAGUAUUUUAAGAGAUAUUGAACUAUCUGAAAUUGAUGAGUUAUCAAAAUUCCAAUCCUACGAAUGCUUUUCCUCAAGGUAGACAGUGAUUCUUGGAAAUGAUUGCACUACCCGCCCAUUUUUGCACCUUUUCUGUCUUUUCAUUUAGCAGAAAAACAACAACGAAAUUGUGCCUUAGCUGUAUUUUUUUGUCUAGGGGAGUUUGUUUCUGUCUGACAAAGCAAAAUUUUUUGCAGAAAACAGUGGAUGUAUUAAAUACUGUAUCAUACCAAAAACACUGCAGGUGUACAUAGAUGCUUUCUGUCAUACUGUGUUUUCAGAUGCAGAAUUUUAAAAUUAAAAAAAAAAUACUGUCUUUACGGAA